AUGGCGGAACUCGACACGCUGGACAUCGUUGUCCUGGCCGUCAUCCUUCUGGGAACGGCGGCCUACUUCACAAAGGGCAAGUACUGGGGUGUCGUCAAGGACCCGUACGCCAACGCCUUCGCCAACGCAAAUGGAGCAAAGGCCGGCAAGACAAGAAACAUCCUGGAGAAGAUGGAGGAGUCGGGCAAGAACUGCAUCGUCUUCUACGGCUCGCAGACUGGUACCGCUGAGGACUACGCCUCCAGGCUCGCAAAGGAGGGCAAGAGCCGCUUCGGACUCGAGACCAUGGUCGCCGACCUCGAGGACUACGACUACGACAACCUCGACGCCAUCCCCAACGACAAGAUCGUCAUGUUCGUCCUUGCCACCUACGGCGAGGGCGAGCCCACCGAUAACGCCGUCGACUUCUACGAGUUCAUCACCGGCGAGGACGUCUCCUUCUCCGAGGGCAACGACCCGGCCCUGAGCAACCUCAACUUUGUCGCUUUCGGUCUCGGCAACAACACCUACGAACACUACAACUCCAUGGUCCGCAACGUCACCAAGGCUCUCGAGAAGCUCGGUGCCCACAGAAUCGGCGAGGCCGGCGAGGGUGACGACGGCGCCGGUACCAUGGAAGAGGACUUCCUCGCCUGGAAGGACCCCAUGUGGGCUUCUCUGGCUGAGAAGAUGGGAUUGGAGGAGCGCGAGGCUGUCUACGAGCCCAUCUUCAGCAUCCUCGAGCGCGAGGGCCUCGAUGCCUCCUCGCCCGAGGUCUACCUCGGAGAACCCAACAAGAUGCACCUCGAGGGCACCGCCAAGGGUCCCUUCAACGCCCACAACCCCUACAUUGCCCCCAUCGCCGAGUCCAAGGAGCUGUUCAGCGUCAAGGACCGAAACUGCCUGCACAUCGAAGUCGACAUCAGCGGAUCCAACCUCUCCUACCAGACUGGUGACCACAUCGCCGUCUGGCCCACGAACCCCGGUGAAGAGGUUGACCGCUUCCUCGACCUCGUCGGACUUACGGAGAAGAGACACUCGGUCAUCAGCGUCAAGGCCCUCGAGCCGACUGCCAAGGUCCCCUUCCCCACGCCCACCACCUACGACGCCAUCAUCCGCUACCACCUCGAGAUCUGCGCCCCUGUUUCCCGUCAGUUCGUGUCUACGCUUGCCGCCUUUGCUCCCUCCGAGGAGAUCAAGGCCGAGAUGGUCAAGCUCGGAGGCGACAAGGACUACUUCCACCAGAAGAGCGGUGCCCACUACUACAACAUCGUCCGGUUCCUGCACUCUGUCAGCGGCGGCCAGCAGUGGACUAACAUCCCCUUCUCCGCCUGGAUUGAAGGCCUCACCAAGCUCCAGCCCCGCUACUACUCCAUCUCCUCCUCAUCUCUGGUUCAGCCCAAGAAGAUCUCCAUCACCGCCGUCGUCGAGAAUGUCAUGAUUCCCGGCCGCGAGGACCCCUUCCGCGGUGUCGCCACCAACUACCUCUUCGCCCUCAAGCAGAAGCAGAACGGCGACCCCGAGCCCAAUGCCUUCGGACUUACCUACGAGAUCACCGGUCCCCGCAACAAGUACGACGGUAUUCACGUCCCCGUCCACGUCCGCCACUCCAACUUCAAGCUGCCUUCCGACCCCUCUAAGCCCAUCGUCCUCAUCGGUCCCGGAACCGGUGUCGCCCCGUUCCGUGGUUUCGUCCAGGAGCGCGCCAAGCUCGCGCAGGACGGCGCCGACGUGGGCAAGACGAUUCUCUUCUUCGGUUGCAGGAAACAGGACGAGGACUUUUUGUACAAGGACGAGUGGGAGCAAUACAAGCAGGCUCUCGGCGACAAGUUCGAGCUCGUCACCGCCUUCUCCCGUGAGGGCUCCAAGAAGGUCUACGUUCAGCACCGCCUCAAGGAGCGCGCCGAGGAGAUCAACAAGCUGCUCGAGAAGAAGGCCUACUUUUACGUGUGCGGUGACGCCGCCAACAUGGCUCGCGAGGUCAACACCGUUCUCGCCCAGAUUCUGGCCGAGCAGCGCGGCAUCACCGAGGCCAAGGCGGAGGAGAUUGUCAAGAACAUGAGGGCGGCAAACCAGUACCAGACUUCGGACAUGACUAUGUCUUAUCAGGCUCACACCAUGGACUCCAAGCACUCUGUCGCCUUCGCUGGACCCGGCAGCCAGCCCCUUCCCGGCGCUCAUGGGCCCCAGUACACCGAGAAUCACAUUCCCGGCAUGGUGUCCAACGUUGAGGGCUUGACCAACGCCAUGAACUCCUUCUCGGGUAUGUCUAUCGGCGGCAUGGGUCACAACGGCACCGGCAUGGGUCAGAUGAGCGCCCAUACAUACAUGGUUCCUCAGGAUUACAUCCUCGCUCCCCACCUGCCUGGUGCUGCCAUGGGUAUGGACCAGCUCUCCCAGGGUCCUUAUGGCCCGGCGACUGGCGGCUAUCUGGCUGCUCCUGGCCAGUUCAAUCCCUACGUCCCCUACGGCAUGAUGCCAUUCACUCCCGGUCGUGCUGUCAGCGGCAACGCAGUGCUCCAGGACCGGACCAACCGCAACCACAGCGACAUUGUUCCAGGUCUCGAGAACCGUCGUCACAGUGGCGGUUCCUACAGCACCACGGAGUCGGCUCCCACGACCCCUUUCUACAAUGGUGGUUCCAAGAACGACCGGGGCCCUCGUGUUGCUGCCCUCGACCGCUCGACUUACACGACCCCAUCUCCCCAGCAGAUUGUCGGUUCCAACAUGUUCAUUGAACCUGCUGCCAAGCACGGCGUCAUCAACAUUCCUGUUGACCGUAACCUGGAGGAGCUCUUGAAGCAGGAGCCUCCCAUCCCCAAGGCCGUCCCCGCCGUCUUCACCCCUGCUGCUCAGAUGAAGACCCUGGACCAGAGCUUGGAGAACCGCAUCCCUGGUAACCGCAACGUCUACAUUCGUGGCCUCCAUCCCACCACCGAUGACGAGCUCUUGUACCGCUUUGCCUCCCGCUUCGGUGAGGUCGAGACCUCAAAGGCCAUCAUCGACACCUCCACGGGUGCCUGCAAGGGCUUCGGCUUUGCCAAGUUCUUCGACGUUCGGGACUCUGAGAUGUGCAUCCGGGGCUUCCACCGCUUGGGAUAUGAGGUCGGAUUCGCUCGUGAGUCUUUCAACUCUCGUCUCAAGGCCGAGGGUGAUGAGGGUUCCACCAACCUGUACAUUUCGAACCUCCCUAAGAGUCUCACCGAGAACGACCUCGGCGACAUCUUCAGGGGUUACCACAUCAUGUCCUCCAAGAUCCUCCGGGACAGCAUGGGCAACAGCCGUGGGGUUGGCUUUGCUCGCUUUGAGUCUAGAGACGUCUGCGACGCUGUCAUCAAACAGUUCAACGGAAUCCCCAUUGGCGAAGAGGGCAUGGUCAUGAACAUUCGCUACGCCGACACUCCUGGCCAGAAGGAGCUCAAGCGUGUCACUGCCGAGCGCCGCCAGUUCCGUACCAAUGAGUACAACAUUGGAGCCUACGGUACACCUCUUGUUGGCAUUCAGCCCAACAUGUACAACCAGCCGGCCUGGAAGCGUGCUCUGCAUGCCACCGCCAACACCGUCUACGCGCCUCGCUCCAUGGGCGGCGGUUUUGAUCGAAUGGGCAAGGGGGUCAAGUCUGAGGGCUACCAGGCGGGCAGCACUGUUCAGGGAAAAACCCAAUCGACCGCUGAGGUCCCCGUCGCUUCGAUCACGGACGACGACAGCGAUGAGGGUGUGACGAUCCAUCCCGAGGUGACCACGCCGGUCAUUGUCAGCACCCAAUCCUCUCCGACGGCGAAGAGAGAGAAGAGGGAGAUCAAAGAGAUCAAGGACACCAAGGACGCCAAGGACAUCAAGGAUGUCAAGGAGAACAAGGAGAAGAAGGAGCAAAAGUGA